CCCGAUUUCUGGAGGCGGAGCGAACGCGGCUGGUCCCAGCUGCGGUCGGUUUGGGAGCUGGGCCUGGCGGUUCCCGUUGCCGCCGUUGCGCCGUCGGCCGCCAAUUGUCACGCGCGGGAUGCUGCUUCUGGCUUUGGGCAGCCCGUGGGCGGCCGGACUUCGGCUCGGCGGGAAGAGGACAGUGCCGUGGGCGGCUGCCGCGCUCCGAGGCCCUAGUGCGGCCUCGUCGCGUGUGGCCUCCUGCAGCGGCUCCGCGGGGCUGGUUGGCGGUGGAAGCGAAGGGCUGCGGGGAGCCCGGCCGUUCCUCGGGAGUCGGGUGCGAACGCAGAUACCUCUUUGUUGGGAAAGGUGUGUUCAAUGCUUACAUACACAGCUUGAAAAAUCAGAAGAUGGAAGGCUGAUUUAUACUGGGAAUCUGGCCCGCACAGUGUUUGGUGUGAAAUGUUUCUCUUAUUCUACAAGUGUCAUCAGCCUUGCAUUUCUACCAUACAUUUUUGCACAAAAUAAUAUUAUAUUUGGAAGUCUGCCUUUGCAAAUAUUAUUUUAUGGCAUCAUAGGAAGCUUUACGGUGAUCACUCCAGCACUGCUUCACUUUGUUACAAAAGGCUAUGUCAUUCGGUUGUACCAUGAAGCUACAACAGACACUUACAAAGCCAUUACUUAUAAUGUUGUGCUUUCAGAAACGAGUACAGUGUUUCACCAAAAUGACGUGAAGAUUCCAGACAGCACACAUGUGUUUACCACGUUUUACGCUAAAACAAAAUCACUGUUAGUUAAUCCAGUGCUCUUUCCAAACCCUGAAGAUUAUAACCAUCUAAUGGGUUAUGACAAACCAUUCACUUUUGAAAAGGAAGAAGACAGUGAAAAGAAACAAGUCAAAGAUGAGAAAUGAGUCUGCUGUUUUCAUGUUUGUGCUUAAAUGUGAUUUACGUUCCAAUGUAUAAUAAUUAAAUUGCCUUUUGUUUUCUGUUAGUGACUGACUGUUAAAACCAAUUUGAAGUUGUAUCAAACAACUUUUAAUUAAUUUUCAGAGAAUUACGUUUCUGUAUAAUAAAAUAAGCUAUGUUUGAAAAACAAAA